UUCUUCUCAGCACAACCCAUAUUUCCCAUUACAUGCAGAGGGACUACCGUUACUGGCUUUCUAAUGCCACCUAUAUUGCAACAAAGAUGGGACUUCAUCGAAAUGUAGUAGGCCAGCGGCUAGAUGGGUCAACAAGAAAGCUUUUUCGACGUAUAUGGUGUAUACUUUACUCGUGGGAUGUCCUUUUAGCUCUCAAUGGAAUGGACACAAUGCGGAGAUUCCGCGAUAGCGACUCCGAAACAUGUACCGCAGAAAUUACAGAAGACGAUUGGGAGGAUGAUCCGAUCCCUGAAGUGUUUCAGGAAUUUCUUCAUCCAAUUAAAAACGUUGAAAAAUCAUAUGUAAUCGAGGGUGGCAAGUUAUCGCUGUUGAUCGCACAAUUCUGGCAGAGAUUUUCAUCCACUCCCCUAGAUGCGUGCUAUACUCAGCUCACAGUGGCGAUGGAUUCGUGGCGCGAGUCGCUUCCGCCUUCUUUCAGAACUCCAGCCAUUCAGGAGACAAGUGUUGUCAAUACAUGGAACCUUAUUCUCAUGGCAAGAGGCUAUGUUUGUGAAUGUAUCAUGCAUCGCAUGAUUAUACGAUCCGCUGGCACAAACGAAAGCCUACGUCUACGAGCAGGACAGAAGCUUUCUUCUGCUUUGUUUGAACUCAACACAAUCAUCGACAGGAUCAUGAAUCAAAAUACAGGACAGUUCAAUUCUUGGGUUCUCCAUGGAUUCAUCUCAACUGCCUUGGCACUGCAUGUGGAGAAAGCGUUGAACCCUGCAUUGACCAGCCUUGAAAGAUCUAUGACCAACCUACGAAUCCAGGUGAACCUAGAAUUUCUGCGUGACAUGGCCAAGACAUGGUCCUACAUUGGCGUAAUGGUGAGGGUGUUCGAGGGGGUGAUCCGCCGCUACGGACUUGUAACAUCUUUACCGGAAUCUGAAAGCAUUCCUAAUGAUAUUGGUGCAUUUCCUCAACAAUCACCAGACGUGUUAAACCUUUUAGGGACACCAACGAUGCCCAGGCCGAAUCCAUGGAUGUUCGGCCCUGCUGAUAAGAAUAUAGCACUUGACCUUGGCAUGGGUGAUCUCAACGCCAACUCCGUGUUGGAGGAGUUGUUGUACGAUAAUACAUUAUCCUGGGACAUAUCCAAAUUAAUUUAAACUACAUCCGAAAAGACACCCGCAGUGUUGCUUACGAGUCGACCACGGAUUUAUGUACCUGAAGAGCUGGC